GAGAGAACAAGGCGUGCGGAGCUCAGAUCACCAGCACCAUGGUCCUUGGGCUUGGAUCCUAGAUCGCCCCCACCUCCCCUCCCCUCCCCUCCCCUUCCCUCCCUUCUUUGAACACUGGUAAUAACUGCUCUGUCCAUCAGUUUUGCAGACAGACAGAUCCCGAGAGAGAGCAAGAAAGAAAAGGAGGAAGAGAAAACCUGCAGCCAAGUGGACUAAAGCAGCAAAGAGGGAGAGAGAGGGUGCUUUGCUUGCAUAGCUGCAAAGUGGGAAUUUAAAGACCUGCAGAGAGCAAUCCCAGCUCCCCACCGCGCACACAUUGCAGAAUUACAGAGCCAGGUAGAAAUGACAUCAACAGGGAAAGAAGGCAGCGGAGCUCAGCAUGCCCAGUAUGUUGGACCCUAUCGUCUGGAGAAAACCCUGGGCAAAGGACAGACAGGGCUUGUGAAGUUGGGGGUUCACUGUGUAACAUGUCAAAAGGUCGCGAUAAAAAUUGUCAACAGAGAGAAGCUCAGCGAGUCGGUGCUAAUGAAGGUGGAGCGGGAAAUAGCCAUCCUGAAGUUGAUAGAACAUCCUCACGUUUUAAAGCUGCAUGACGUUUAUGAAAAUAAAAAAUAUUUGUAUUUGGUGCUAGAACAUGUGUCAGGUGGGGAGCUCUUCGACUAUCUUGUAAAAAAAGGAAGAUUAACACCAAAAGAAGCCAGAAAGUUCUUCCGACAAAUCAUCUCUGCUUUAGACUUCUGCCAUAGUCAUUCAAUAUGCCACAGGGACUUAAAACCAGAAAACUUACUGUUGGAUGAAAAGAACAAUAUCCGGAUAGCAGACUUCGGAAUGGCAUCACUGCAGGUUGGGGACAGCUUAUUAGAAACCAGCUGUGGAUCACCACAUUAUGCCUGCCCCGAAGUAAUCCGGGGAGAAAAAUACGAUGGAAGGAAAGCAGAUGUCUGGAGCUGUGGAGUCAUUUUGUUUGCAUUGUUAGUGGGUGCCCUGCCAUUUGACGAUGACAAUUUGCGGCAGCUAUUGGAAAAGGUGAAGCGCGGAGUGUUCCACAUGCCACAUUUUAUCCCCCCGGACUGUCAGAACCUCUUGCGGGGGAUGAUUGAAGUGGAUGCCUCGAAACGGCUCACGCUAGAACACAUUCAGAAACACAUAUGGUAUAUAGGGGGCAAGAACGAGCCAGAACCAGAGCAACCAAUUCCUCGAAAGGUCCAGAUUCGAUCUCUCCCUUCCCUGGAAGAUAUUGAUCCAGACGUGUUAGAUAGCAUGCACUCGUUAGGCUGCUUCCGUGACCGAAAUAAACUCUUACAAGACUUGUUGUCAGAAGAAGAAAACCAAGAGAAAAUGAUUUAUUUUCUUCUCCUGGAUCGUAAAGAGAGGUAUCCCAGUCAUGAGGAUGAGGACCUACCCCCCAGGAAUGAAAUAGAUCCCCCCAGGAAACGUGUGGACUCCCCGAUGCUGAACAGACAUGGGAAGCGGCGGCCAGAGAGGAAGUCGAUGGAGGUUCUCAGCGUGACAGAUGGCGGCUCCCCAGUCCCAGCUCGCAGAGCUAUUGAAAUGGCACAACAUGGACAGAGUAAAACAAUGUUCAGUAAAAGCCUGGAUAUCUCUGAAGCCAAUCCCAAAUUCAACAAAGAAGAAAGGUCUCGGUCGAUCAGCGGAGCUUCAUCUGGCCUCUCCACCAGCCCCCUCAGCAGUCCAAGGGUCACCCCUCACCCCUCUCCAAGGGGAAGUCCCCUCCCUACCCCUAAGGGGACACCUGUCCAUACGCCAAAGGAGAGCCCAGCAGGCACACCCAACCCAACGCCACCAUCCAGCCCCAGCAUUGGAGGAAUGCCCUGGAGGACACGACUCAACUCCAUCAAGAACAGCUUCCUGGGGUCUCCUCGCUUCCAUCGCCGGAAACUGCAAGUACCUACACCGGAGGAGAUGUCCAAUUUAACCCCAGAAUCUUCCCCAGAGCUUGCCAAAAAAUCCUGGUUUGGUAACUUCAUCAACCUAGAAAAAGAAGAACAGAUCUUUGUGGUCAUUAAGGACAAACCGCUAAGCUCCAUCAAGGCUGACAUAGUCCACGCUUUCCUUUCGAUCCCCAGCCUCAGUCACAGCGUCAUCUCACAGACGAGUUUCCGUGCAGAAUACAAGUCCACGGGAGGUCCCGCUGUCUUCCAGAAGCCGGUGAAGUUCCAGGUGGACAUAACAUACACAGAAGGGGGCGAGGCCCAGAAGGAGAAUGGGAUCUACUCUGUCACUUUCACACUCUUAUCAGGUCCAAGCCGUCGCUUUAAGAGGGUAGUAGAAACCAUUCAGGCACAGUUGUUAAGCACACAUGACCAGCCUUCAGUGCAGCAGUUAUCAGACACCACUAACUGUAUGGAGUUGAUGACUGGCAGACUUUCCAAAUGUGACGAGAAGAACGGGCAGGAAUUAUCCCGAAAAGUUAACAUGCCAGCCACGGCUUCACCUUCUGUGCUCUGCGGACACUUGUUGACGGAAGGCAACCGAUGUAGACUGUCCAAGGACCAGUCCUGUUUGAGGUUCCCAGCCUCUCCCCCUCCCUCUGGGAAAUGGGUUUCUCCCCCACGCUCCCCCCCCAAACGCCUCCCCAACACACGCUUUUUCUCUUUUUCUUUUUGGUGCUCCACGAGAGAGAUCUGCUCAGUAAUGGGAUUUCACGGUCUGGGCUGGAAGCAGGUUGCAAUUGUUGGAGCGACAUCAUUGUUCUUGACAACAUUCAUCUGUGCAGGUGAACUCAGAGGUGAAGGGGGAGGGGGGCACGAAACAAAGGGAGGAAAUGGUACAAGAAGCCUAGGGCGCACUCUCUUCAGAGACCACCAAGGAACAAGUCAAAUCAAAGCAUUGAACCAGGACAGUUACUGGAGAGCUCCAGUGGGGGAAUAUCCUCAGACGUCUUUUUCCUCCCCCCACCACCCUUUCUUCUUCCUUUCUUUAUUUUGUUUUUUUUAAAUUGAGUUUAGUUUUUUUAUAUACUCUAUAAUUUUUCUUUUCAACCUGCUGGAGGGAGACAAGAUAGACUUGGGGGGGUAGGGAUAGCAAACAAACACAAACGAACAUUGAAACUUAGGGAAAAGGCAACGUCCGGCCGCAAAGAUGAGGGACAGGAUCCUACCUAGCCAAGGACAGUCUCUCCUGCUGCCAACCAUCGUUGCCGUUGCUGCUACUGCUGCUCCUUCUUCUCCACCUUCCACCCUGCCUAUUGACUCCCUCCAACCAUGCCGCAACCGCAUUGAGAUCUUCCUCCCCCAGCCGGACCCUCCGUCUCAUCGCGCAUUGGAUGCAAUCUUCGUGUUGCUAGUGCUGCAUCAAAAUAUCAGUAUUAUUAUUUAUUUGCUGGUUUCACUUUAUUUAUUUGAUGUGUUGGGUUGUUUUGUUUAAUUUUUUUUUUAAGGACAAAGAGAAGAGAAUUAUUAUGAGGAUUAUUUUUGUUGUUUCCGUGUGUGUGCGUGUGUAAACCACUGGCACUUAGUUCAUCUGAGCAAGACAAGAAGAGUCAGUGCUAUGGGCGAAUUAAUCACAAAGCUACUGUAAACUUUAAAAAGUACUGCAAGAUAUUUUUAUAAACUCUUUUUGUUUAGAAAGGGGGAUAGGGGGUGGGGUAGGGUGGAUGGGGGACUGUUUUUUUGUGUUUAAGUUAUUAGGUCUUGAUUAUUUAUAUAUACAUAUAUAUAUAUUUAAAAAAUAAGCUGUUAGAUAUAUCUUCUGUUCUGUUUAAUUACUGUGUAGAGGCGACACGGAUUCCAAUUUAUGUUGGGGAGGGG